AUGGGAGAGAGUUCACCGGAUCUCAGCCUCCGGCUCCGCCGGGGCAGCUCCGACUCCAGAGAUUCCUUCUACAUGGACUUUGCUCAGGGCAUCGACUCGGACAUCGAGGAGGUGACGCGUCUGGAGGACAACAACUCGGAUCCGAUGAUGGAGAACCACCUCGAGGAGAACAGAAACGAGCUGCCCCCGCCGAUCGAGGACAUCACCACGAUCCCGGAAGAGGCGUCCGAGGAGCUGCGCGAGGAGGAGGAGGCCGCGGCUAUGGAGGCCGCGAUGCGAACACCCGAAGGCCCCAUAAUUAACACGGAAGCGGAGAAACCGGCGCAGCAAACCCCGCCCCAGCUCUCCACGCUCGACCCGCAAGACUGGCCAGGACUGCCGGGUGCGCUACCGUCACCGGCUUCGCCGUCCGCGGUAAUCGUUUCGCCGGAAACGUUGUCUAGACACAGCAGCAGCUUACCCUCCCGCACCCACCGGCCAUCCCAGUUCGCCUUGGCACUACCAUGCUCCUCGCAGCCGAUUUCCGCGGUCUGCUACCCGGCCCCGACCUACCUCGACGUCGCCGAGGACCGCAAGUGGAAGAAGCUCGGAUACGACGCCCUGGCGACGACGUUUAGCGCUCUCUACGGAAAGCUGCUGGUCGUCAUGGGAAUCGCCUUUCCCAUGGCGGAAGUAAUAUCCACCUACAUACCGCCGUCGUUCUACGAAGGAUUCUACCUUUACCUCUACUUCGGCAGCAUGAUCUUCCUCGUCUACACGUACACGACGCUGGUACGCGACAGCAGGCCCAAGUCAAGAAGGUCCGCGACGUGUUGUUAUACGAAGAAGCAAAAGGACGUAUGCGACCUGGACUCGUCGCGAUCGUCGAGCGGCGCCGGCGGCGACAGCGACGCAGUCGACGCCGCCUAUCCGCACGUGGCCGCCGUAAGACCGGCGCAGCACUAUGGCAGCUUCUACCUUCGAAUGGGCGCCGUGGCGUUCGGCAUCGGUUCCAUGAUCUACUCGGGUCUCGAGUUCGGGCAGUACUUCGAGCUGGAGCAGAACACCAAGUGCCACAACAUCAUGAUGGCCCUCACACCGGCCACCAGGAUGGCGUUCAUCUUCAUCCAGAUGUACUUUAUAUUUCUGAACAACGAGCAAAUGAAAGUUUAUCGUCAUCGGGUGGUCGCGCGUUUCGGGCUGAUGCACAUGAUUGGCACGAAUCUGUCCGUUUGGCUGAACGUUCUCGUCCAGGAAACGAAACACGAGAUACUGACGUUCUACAAUCCGGAAAACAACUCUCUGCGAAUCUCCCACAGAUUAGGUUCGAAGGGUAGUCUACAUCUCGGAGGACAGAGUCACUACCACCACGGGGAACACCUGAGGCUUCCGAGGGGCUUGAAAGGACCGCAUCACAUGUUCGAGUGCCGUCGUACCAACAUAAUGGGCUCGCUGGUCCAGGACGCGAGCCCGUUUCUCUUUCCCUGCACCAUAGAAUACAGCCUGAUCUGCGCCGCGAUCCUCUACGUAAUGUGGAAGAACAUAUCCAAGGCUGCGUUCUCACCGCCUAAGACGCUCACAGGAUCGCGGCAUCACGCCCACGCGUACAGAAGAUCGCCGCACCACUACAGCGUGGACUGCGCCCGCGCCCACAAGGGCCUCUUCGUCGGCAUUCUGAUCCUGGUGCUGACCAUCAUCUCGUUGAUCCUGUUCUUCGUGCUGAUAUCGCGCCCGGAGCUGGUCAGCUUCGCGGUCACCGAGGUGAACGUCUGCGAGCUGACGUUGUACGGGAUGUCGACGAUGGCCACGCUGAUAGGGAUGUUCCAGAUGCGGAAGCUCCGCUACGACGGAACCAGGAACCUGGAGCUGGACAACAUCCUGUUGGUAGCAGCUCAAACCGGCACGUUCAUCUACUCGACGUUCACGAUCAUCGGCGCUCAAUUCACGUUGGCGAAGCACACGGUCCUGGUGCUGGUGACGGCUCUGGCCAGCGUCGUGCAGACCACCUUGCAAACGAUCUUCAUCCUGGACGCGUCGCGACGAACGGUCGUCACCGCGAAGCAGAUCAGACACAAACCGGGCCGAGAGAUCGUCACGUUUCUGUUGGUCACGAAUCUGGCGAUGUGGGCGAUCAACACUCUGGAGAAGUCGCGGGCGGAGUCGCACCCGGUCCAGCUGCACUUCUACGGCCUGUGGGCGUGGACGAUCAUCACCCACGUCUCGAUGCCGUUGGCGAUCUUCUACAGGUUUCACAGCACCGUUUGCCUGUGCGAGGUGUGGAAAAGAGCGUACAAGGUGAAACCGACCUACAUGUGACGCAAGGGGUCGCGCGAGGUCGUGUGCAACACACCGGCUCCACAGAGACCGAACACCCUGCCGGCCAGGCUGGGCGCCAUUACGGAGAACGAUCCGGUUUACUUCAUGUAAUCAAGCUACCGGUCGCCCGAAGUCUUCUUCGUCCCUCGAACAUUUUCGGAACAGACGCUUUCUCGAGUACGCGUUGCGAGCGUUUCGAAAGCCCGUUCGUCCUGCGUUCGUUGCUCUAGCUAGAUCUCUAAUUUCAGUUCUAUCGAGACGUAAAUUUCGUUGAUGGUUGGACGGACGGGCGAGGAGAAACGCGGCACAAUCGACGACGCACAAUAUUUGUUCUUUUUUACUAAGGUUAGACGCCGUAGACGAUUAGAGGAUUUUAGGAUUUUAUUCGGGAACGACGAGAUUCUGUUCGAUACGCGACAAGACGAUUAGCGAAUGAGAGGGAGAGAAAGGUGUUAGAGAGUGAGAAGAGAGGUCCUUUUUCUUUGGUCGCGACGUUCGUAAGACUGAGAUCUAAGCGACCCGUUGGCUUAGGCGAUUGGAGAAACGAUUCGAAUCCGCGUUAACCCGGAACCCCUGAUCGAUCUGUCCUUCGAUGUUACUCGAAUACUCUCACGGACAUCCGUCUUCCACGUAGUACAAACUACAACUUAAAUAGCGUCUCUCGCGUCCAAGUAGAUGUUUCGAUAAAGCUACCGAUCGAGGGAAACAGACCGUCGAUCCGACGUCCCCGGGCUAUCGAUCCGAGAAUCCUUAAAGCGCCGUGCUCCGACGACCGAACAAACGAUAGAAACGAUAGUUCAACCAAGCGAGCGAUAAUAGUACAAUAAAGUAAUACGAAUAAUUCAUGGACCAAAGGGACGCUCGAGCCAAACCGUCCGUCUGUUUCUCUCGAUUUCGCGCAGCAACGUCCAGCGAUCGAUCGAUGUUCGUGUUUCGAAGCAAACCAGAAGCCUUCGAAGGCCGGACAUGGCAAGCACGUUACAGUUAUCCUACACGAGUCCAGCCGUACAGCACGCUUGAAACGGCUCCUCGCACGACGUUGCGCGUCGAUCACGAGUCCAAAAGAAAGAAAGAAAAAAGUAGAAAAAAAAGAAAUCGUAGAGAGACAAAAGAGGGGAGCCUAGUCCAUAAACGCGACGUUAGUGCAGGAGCAUCGUAGACUUCCAUAGACUCGAGAUCGUAGAGCUAAAAGUUUUUUAGAGGGAUGUUAGCUUGCGGGAAGAGCAACAGAGUACAACGGCGAAUCAUAUCAUUAAGCCUUAAUCCGUCGAACGCGUUGUCCAAGGUCCGAUAAUUAGAGAGAAUAGGGGGAAUCGAAAUCGCUCGUGAGCGAGCACCGACCAUAAUCAAAACCGAGACGACCUACUCGAGCGUGUUUCUUCGUUUCUUUUCUUCGUUGCACGCUCAACGGACAGUCGCCAGGGAAGAUUGGGGGAGAGCGUGACCGAUCCGUAGAGCGAAUCGAUCGGUGUGCAAUACCGUUCGGCGAGAAUGCGUGAAUGGAAGUGUGUGCGAGUGACGAUACGUGCGUGUCCUUUGGGAAACGAGCAGCGAAAAUGGGGGCCGAUGAAAGAUAACAGAGCGACGAAAACGCGCGUUUCGCGCUCGUACGCUUCUUACGACGGACUGGCGUUCAGCGACGCCGUUCCGCACGGUUGAAUCGGUUGAUCUUUUUUUCAUUUCUUGUAAGAUACGAUCCCGCCCGCUACGCGGCUGUAAAUAUGUGAACGCGUAAAAAGAAUAAGCGACGAGAUAAAGAACGGAUCCUCUCGGUGUUUAGAGCUAGUUGUGUCGACAUGUUUCUUCCUAUAUUAUAUAUAAUAUAUACACAUAUAUAUACAAAAUAUAAAUAUAUUUAUUAUUGCGUUGUUCUAUUAUAAUAUUUAUUGUAUUAUCAGAUAUAGGAUUUACGCGCGACACGUUACAUUUUUUGAUCGGGGCUCGUGUCGAGAUCCUUCCCUCCACCUCGUCCCCCCGCACCUCCUUUCUCUCUUCUACUUCGUCCACGAUCGUCGGGGACGUUAAAAGACGCGCUCUCGAUUAGCUCGCGGGACCCGGACCCCGUUCGAUGUUGCAGCCGAUCUCGGCACGAGUCUUAGCCGAAAUUCAAAACCAAAAACCACGGGAUCGAGCCACGAGGUAAGUCACGAUUUCCGCAAUUCGGGGUUCGCGAGUCGAACAAGGGUGCACGCGAAAGAUACCCUUCUACGUCACGUCUUUAAACUGUACUUUUUCUAUGUCCGCAUACUCUAGUUCCUACGCAAUGUUUGUACUCUUAUACCCUUUGUACUAUUUGUACCUUACGAAUUGCAAUACAC